AUGGCAUCCCCCGCCGUUUCGCCUGCUGGCUCAGAUACCAGCAGUAGUAGAGCCUCGUCCUCAGCAGGGAGCAGUGUAGGAUUCUCACUGCCGCCCAGAUACCGGCCAGUGGCACUUCAGCAACGGCCGCCCGGAAAUAACCCAUCUUCAACAAAGAGUACCAGUUUUUACUAUGAUGGAAAUCGUCAAGUAUGCUUUGUGGAUUUUUCCACAGGCGCAUCGUCAUCAUCAGCAUCAGCGUCAGCAGCGUCAAGUGUUGUUUCUGGCACUACUACCACUGUACUACCGACCGAAAAUAAUGUGCGCCAACCACUUCCCGCACGGCCUCGGUACACCGCCGAGGAGGAGGCGUGGAUUAUUAAAUACGCGAAUGAAAAUCCGGAAAAGACCUGGCAGCAUAUCACGGAUGGGUUUAACAUCGCAUUCAACCAGAAGCGCACUCUCAAGGGAAUGCAGAUCAAGGGAUACUCUCUCUUUGAGGCCAAAGGGAAAAACGGGUCUCUAGGAAUGCCGGCUGGGUUGCGUCAAUUGCGCAAGAAAGAUGAGGUAGAGGAGGAUAAUGAUGAAGAUCAAGAUGAUGAUGAAGAUGACGAAGAUGACGAUGACGACGAGAGCGAACAGUCGGAGCAGAGCGGAAACAACCAGGCCGCGUCUGUUGGGAAGCGCUACACACGCGCACAGGAGGAAUGGCUGUUGGCGUAUGUGGCCAAUACAGCAAAAACGGGCAGGCGCAAGGAUUGGGUCAGCACUGCGGCGGCCUUCACGGCGAAGUUUGGAUUGGAGAGGGCGCCGAUGUCGCUUAACAACAAGUGGACGCAUCUUAGCAGGCAGUCGUCUGCGUCGUUUCAGGGGAAAAAUGAGCAGGAGGCAGACGACCAAACGAGGGGCCAUCUGCACAGCAGAGAGCAAGAUAAGAUGCAGUAUCUGCAGUAUCAAGAGCAUAAAAUGGAGGGGGGCGGAAAUGGGGCCGGCCAGUUGAUGUAG